AUGUCCCUCGUCAAGAUACCUCUCAUCUGCAUAUUAACGCUCACAUACAAUGCUAUGUUUACUCCUCCGAAUCCACUUCCUGCAAAGGAGGACUUGGUGGAAAGAACACAAAUAGAAUGGAUAUCUGGAAGGAAGUUUACCCUCCCAAUGUUGCGACUUGGACAAACCCUUCUCAGCGCUGUUGAAAUUGUAGCCAUAAUUGCCAGCAACAAUCCGUCAUCGUCUGCGUCGCAGAAGAUACUUUCUCUCACCUUUUUCGAAGGAAAAGAUCCAGGAAAACUCCAACUCCACCCACUGAGCUACCUCGCUGCAUUUUUAUGGCUAUCUGGAUACGCAAUGAGGAUGCGCACUUUCCGAGACCUAGGACAAUUUUUCCACUUCCACGUCAGUGUUCAAAAGGAUCACCAGCUCAUUACAUCGGGUCUAUAUACAUACGUCCGACAUCCUAGUUAUAGUGGAAUAAUUUUAGCGGAUCUCGGGUUCUGUCUAUGGCAUGGAACAAGAGGAUCGUGGGUCAGAGAGUCACAAUUAUUGGACUCAGCGGGAGGAAUAGUGGCAUUGAGCAUCUUCGUUGCAAUGUUCAUGCUUCCUGGUCCCGCUCUUACGCUCUCAAGGAUGUCGAAAGAGGACGAGGCGCUAAGACGAAAGUUUGGAAAGAAGUGGGACACAUGGGCAAACAAAGUGCCUUAUAGGCUGAUACCUGGAGUCUAUUAA